CAAUAGUCGUCUCAUUCCAGAUUGCGAAGCACUUCACAUUGCGUUCCUUCGCAGUAAUACGGACUUCUCCUGGCCUUCAUCCUGGAUCAAUCACCCGUUCGGCUUGCCGAGUCGCUACCCGCAACAGUACCCGAGAUCGCUAAGCCAAUACCCGGCACUAUCGCUUCAGCUGAGCAGCCAACCUUCAGCGCUGCCGGGCCCUCGCCGCCCAGGCAAGCGCAGACGUCGUCCGGCCGAAUGCGCUCCAGCAUAGCCUGCAUUCGCUGCCGGCGCAGCAAAGUCAAGUGUCUGAACAAUGGCGUCGGGACGACGUGUCGGUCUUGCGAGAACUCGGGCAGAGAGUGCACGUAUCCUCCGCCUGUACCUACGGGCAGUAGGCGGAGGGAUAGUCCACCCGGCAAGCCGGACGGUGCUGCGGAUGGAGAGAGACGGCAGAGACCAAGGAAGGUUACGCACACGCUCGCUGCGAACCCGUCAAUUGGCUUGCGGGAGUCGCCACGGCCACUGCUCGAUGCGCUGGAUCCUAGGGUGCUCACGCCGCAGGUGUGGCAGGAGCUGUUCGACAUCUUUCAGGUGCACUACGCAGCCGACCUACCGUUCUUGCACCCACCGACCUUUUUGAAGCCAUUGCGGCAAGCAAGCAUGCAGCCACCACCAACCUCGGCGAUGUUGUCAGAAGCGACGGCUGCCGCGAGACCGCCCGGUUCACCUGACUUCCUGCUUGCUUUCUUAGCAUUGACAGCACGGUAUCACCUUAGGCUGGUUGCCCACCACUCGCCGGCGACCGCAACACGGCCCAGCAACCCGCUGAUUGCCUCGGAAUACUACGCUGCAGCGGCGAACGAGCGUCUGGCGACGAGCUUCACCGACAAUCAAGUGAACGACCUUGAGCGCACGCAGGCCAUGCUCAUGCUCGGACUGCACGAGUGGGGCAUGUGUCGCGGUGCAAAGGCUUGGAUCCUGGUCGGCAUGGCGAUUAGGGCAGCGCAGGCAAUGGGUUUGCAGUACGAACUUGAUCUGGACGAUGAGCCCCUGUCGAAGUCGCUCGCGUUGAACACAGAAGCGGAGCGCAUGGGACUCGAUGCUGGCCGCAGAGAUUCUGCCGAUAGUCCGAAGACCGGGCAGGAUGCAUUUGUGCAACAAGAGGUCAGACGGCGUACUUUUUGGAGCUGUUUCAUCAUGGACCGCUAUCUCAGUAGUGGCAAAUACCGACCGCAGAUGCUGCAUGCGCAGGAGCUGCGGAUACAGCUUCCUGCUAGCGAACGGUCGUUCAUGUUCGCGGAGAAGGUGCGGACGUUAAUGCUUGGUGAAGAGGAGUCUCGAGCAACUUCAGGCAAGCUCAGCAACGGCGCCUUGCACGAUGGCGACGACAGAGACCGUUUGGAGGCUGGCGCCGACGAAGGGUUGGUAAGCCGCUACGUUAGGAUCCUUGAGGUCUACGGGAGAGUCAUGCGGUGGUCCUGCGCGGGAGGCAGAAGGAUCGAGCGACUGCCGCCGUGGGAUCCACAAUGCGAAUGGCACAAGUUGCGCCAGCUCUGCCUCGACUUCAGAGCAAGCCUACCACGACAACACACCCUAACGCCACAAAACACUCAAGCGCACAUCUCGCUAAAGACAUCAACGCCAUACACGCUGAUACACACUGUCUACCUUCUAUGCCUCGUAAUGUUACACCGACAAUACGUACCAUUCUUACCAAUACAGUGCUCAAGGCCGGAGGGACCGCUAGACCAGCCAACGUUUCCUCCAGAGAGAUAUGAUAUACCGCCCGGUUUCUGGGACGAAAGCGCGCGUGAACUGUUCAAGGCGGCCCGCGGCAUUAUGGAUCUCGUGAGAAGCUGCCAAGAAUGGAACGCGCUUGUUGAGACGCCUAUUGUGGGCUUCGCAAUCUAUACCGUGGCCUUUGUUGGCUCGUACUGCAUCAACUUUCCAUGGAUGGAUCCCGACGGCUAUCUGUGCACACAGCCGCGACCAGAUGGAUUAAUGCAGUCCUAUGGCGAUGACUCCCGGCCUGGCGGGGGUAAAGGCUUUGAAGCGGCGCGGAGGGCGCUGGAGAUAAUUGGCCAGAUGCGACCGAGAUUACGGAUGGCGGACGGUUGGUUCGCGACGAUAAAUCGUAUGCACAAGUAUCUGAGGCGCAUGAAAAGCGAUUAUCGGAAGAACAUUCACAAUCUUGAGCCGAGCUCGUCUGGCAACGAAGCGGGCUCGACGCGCCGUCUGAGUCUACGCGAAGGUGGCGUGGGUGGAGGCCUCGAUGAGUGGAGAUUACUCGAGCGAACGCUGGUUGAGUUCGGAAAGCUUGAGGAUCAGGAUGUGGAGAUGACUGACGCAGGACUAAUGCCGGGUGCGAGAAAUGCUGAUGCUCUUUACGAAAAUAGUAGUGCUGGCACGACUACGAAGAGCGAGGAGGGCGAGCAACAGGCAAGCGCAGAAGGUGGGCCGUGGACCGCCAUCAACGCAACGAACGGUGUUCAAGCAAACGGGCAGACAAGCGCGUCCACUCCGAGUAGUGCUCAAUUCCGCAGCUACGAGUCUUUUCCGUCGCAGUAUUCGACCGCACCUCACCAGCAAGCGCUAGUCGCACAUGUACAGCAACAACAGCAGCAGCAAGCAUCAAAUCACCCACCUCUUCUCAAUAGCUUUCGACCCACCUUCGCAAAAGAAAGUUCAGCCUACGCAGGUGGCCCGCCGAGCAUGGCUUCUCCAGCAUCACACACAGUAACGACGUCCUCACAUGGCUCUCCGGUUCAUGAACGUCAUCCCUCCGCAGCCUACGGCGGCUGGACACCUCAGAACAAUAGCUCAUAUCACAUUCCCACGCCCAACUCAGGCUACUCGGUGUCCAACAGCGCCAAUCAGCAACCAACACCACUGCACCCCGGUUCAGCCUAUCCAACACCGCAGCAAUCAUACUACCAGAGCCAACAGCAUCUCCAUCCGGCAUCUCUACUUCAGGAAGCCGUAGCGCCACCUCUGGCGCACCGGCCGUGGAGCGAAUAUCAGAAGGCAGCAUGGAUGACCAACCUGCAGACUAGUAUUGGUUCCGAUGACAUCGCAGUCUUCACUGACGGGAGUACCAUCGCAGAUUGGGUGUCGCGGGAGGAUGGAAAUGGUCACCCCGGCUGGCUUAACCAGAUCUUCGGCGGUACGGGCACGCCUCAUUAUUAAGAGCUGACGCCUAGUGAGCAUUUAUGUCAUUUUGAACGAGCAAUGUAUACUACAACGGUAAGACUAGAAGGCGGACAGCGCUUACUUCUUGGAGGGUACGCAUGUCGGGUUAUUGAGGGCGGAUAUGACAACCAUGAUCACGACCAC